AUGGAUUUUUAAAUUUGCUAAAAUACAUAAAGUCCAGAAAAAUUUUUAUGCUUAAAUGAAGAAUGCUAUUUGGCUGAUAAAAAACAUAUUUAAUGUUAUUAAUGCCUGACAAAACAACAUUUAAGCAAGAAUAGGGUAGUCAGACAUGUAGAUGAUUUUAUUGAGCUAGAAUAAUUUAUUAAUGAAAUAAAAAAGAAAUAAAAUAGAAGACAUACUUUUAUUUAAAUGAUUUUUUAAUAGGCAUUAGACUUUUAGAAAAGCAAGGUUUAGGAAAUAUAGUUAAGUAAAAAUGCUGAUUUAAUUAAAAAUGCAACUGAGAAAAUAGAAGGAGAAACUACAAAAUUUUUAAGAUCUCUAAGCACUUUAUAUUUAGAGCAAAAAUUUACAUUUCCAUAUUAGAAUUCAUUCCAUGUUUAAUAUGUGAAAUUUUAUUUUGAAAAUGAAAAUAAAUAUUAGGAAGACUCAAAGUAAAAAUUAGGAAUACUGUUCUCAUAAAUUGAAAAGUAUAUGCAUACACUUGAUUUAGACAUAAGAACAACAAUGAAAAGGUUAAAAUUAGAUAUUUUAUAUUUUUAGGUCUUAUUAGAAAUUAGAAGUAUUGGAAAAAUAAGUCAUUUAAUUUGGUAAAUAAUCUAUGUACAAUAAGUUAUAGUUAUUAAUUUUGUUGUUAAUAUUGCCAUAUUUAGUAUAUUUGUAGUUCAAUCAAUUUGAGAUUUUGAAAUAUUAAAAGCAAUAAGAAUAGAGUGUAUAAAUACAAGAUUAUUUAAUAUAAGAAAUUUUAAAUUAAAAAGAUAAAUUUAGUAUUAUAGAGAAAAGGCUGGAAGAAUUAUAAUUUAAUGGAACAUAGGAUAUUUAAAAAUUAAAUAACACAUUAGUUGAAGUAACUGACGGUUUUUAAAAAUUAAAGAUUCGAUUUGAUACUUUUAAAUAAAGUUCUACAAUAAAUUAAGAGAAGACAAUGAUAAAUAUUUAAAAUAAUUUAGAAGUAUUAUAAAAAAACAUAAGUGAUCUAAAUAACAAGGAAGGGAUUUUACAAAGUUAAAUACAAUAAAUUUAAUAAAAAGUAGAUAAAAUAAGUGUUAAGGAAUCAGAGUAGUAAAAAUAUUUGGAAGAAUAUAAGAGAAUAAAAUAGGGAGAAGUAAGAAAAGUAAAGGAGUUGAUAGAAAUAAUAAAGUAGAAAAAUUUGAUGAGAAAGAUAAUUUAAUUAAAGAAUUAUGUUUAUACACUUAAGAAUUUCAAAGAUUUAAUAAAAAUUCAUUUAAAUUUACCAAAAAGAAAACUUAAAGAUUUUGAAUUAAUAUAUGAUGAAUUAUUUGAUAAGCCUAUAUUAAUUUAUACAAUGAUGAAUAUAUAGCAAAAAGUAUACAAAUAUGAGGGUGAUAAUCCUUUAUUAUGUUUGGGAGGAUUAAAUAUAGAAAAUUUGGAGAAGAUAGAUUUAAUAGCAUGUGAUUUUGCAAAUGAUAUGUUGAAUCCAACAUUUGAUUCUGAUAAAGCUACAAAAAGUAGACAUGGAGAUAUUUAUUGGUAUUAAGUUUAAGAAUCAUCAUUUGGAUUUGCACCGAAUGAAAAAAUAAAAUUAUUAUAUUGUGAUGAUUAUGAUGAAGAAAGUGAAUAUAGAUUAAGUUAUUGGUAUAAUUUAAGAUCUUCAUCUGGAGGAAGAAGAUUGGGUAAAUAAUUAUUAUUAGAGAAUUCGACUAAACAUAGAUUAUAGUUAUAUUUAUUGAAACCUAUAUUUGAAUGA